AUGGGUUGGAAGCGGGAGAAAGAGGAGCCCUCGAGGCGGGGCUUCGGCGAUCUUGUGAACCCUAACCCUGAUCCUAACUCUCGAUUCGCGGCGGGCGAGGAGCGGUGCUCGACGCAGAUGGUGGUGCGAUCGACCUGCCGAACCGAAGAGGUCCAGCCCGGUAGGUUCGUCCGCAAGUGCGAGAAGACCGAACAAACCCUCAAGGAUUGCGUUGGAAGACCUGUCGAAUUAGUUGAAUCAAAAACCGAGCACACCGAAGAUGUUACUGAUGAAGUGACCGGAGGAUUGUUUCCUUCUAACUCGCCAACAAUGGAGCCCUUUAAUUUUCCUGGGCUUCACAGUGACAUUGAAGGUAUUGAAGGGAGAUUGUUUGGUGGUUUUGGUAAUUUCUUGGAGGCAGCUGACGGGAUGGCAAAUGAGUUCUUCAAAUCUUUUGGAGACCCUUGUUGGCAUAGCCAAUUUCUGACACUUCGGUUGAUUCAAGUGCGGGUUCCAAAUCACAAAUAUAAGGUUGCAGCACACUUCGUUCUUGAUCCAUAUUGA